AUGACACAAGAGUAUGAAGCAGGCUUCCUCCUGGACCUGGGAACCGACCUCACCACGAGCAGCUGGAUCUUCAACGUCGCCAGCUUCUUGUGGUCCAUCACAGGCCCGUUCCUGGGACCACUCGAAGGCGAAUUCGGCUGGAGGAUCGUGGCGCUGGGGGCCUCCGUCGUCCUCGCUGCCGGGACGGUGAUGUCGGCCUUUGUCACCUCCGCUGGGAUGCUGUUCCUCACUUACAGCACGUUUAUCAUUCUAGUUGACUUAUACCACGUCCUUACACCCAUAUCAUUUGUAGGUCUUGGCUGCGGUGUCCUAUACAACAUUAGUUGUAUGAUCGUGCCGUUCUACUUCAACAAACGGCGAGGCCUGGCCAACGGAGUCCUCAUGGCCUGGGAGGGGGGCGGCCAGUUCCUGGGGCCUCCUCUCAUCAACUUCCUUCAGACACAGUACGGGUUUCGAGGCGCUACGCUAGUGCUGGGAGCUGUCGUCUUUAACUGCGCUGUCGGAGCUGCAGUUUUCCAUCCGGUUGAGUGGCAUUUGAAGCCUUUGGAGAAGUCAGAGGGCGUGAAGCCAGAGUCCUCACAAGAAAAUGUUUCUGAUUCAUCCACGUUAUCAAACGAGAGUCCAGAUUCUCAGACAUCUGCAGAAAAUGUCCUUAGCAGGCAACCACAAGAAGAAAAGCCAAAAUCUCCCUGGUCACCAGAUACAGUCAGACGGAAUUCCAGAGCUCCAGAAGUCGCCCAUCCUGCUGCCAAAGAGAAUACCAAAAAGCAGGAAGAUUCAACUAUAGUUCGUCUGAUCAAAGCCACGCUGGCGGACCUUUGCAUCCUGAAACACGCGAGAGCUGUCGUCAUCGCCAUCAGCAUAACACUCACCCUCAACGCCAACGAGAACUUCUUAAACGUCCUAACCUUCGCCAUGCAAGAGGCCGGCCACAGCCUGCAAGACGUCGCAACAGGAGUCUCGGUGGCGGCCCUAUGCGGCAUGCUGAUCCGCGUCAUCCUGUCGCCGCUCACGGACUUGCCCAAGUUCAACAAGAGGGUUUUCUUCAUGUUGGGCAGCCUCGUUGUCGCCCUUUCAAUGCUAGCCUUUACGCAAAUAGAGGACGUCCUGUGGCUGACGGUCGUCCUAGCAGUGUGGGGCAUCGGCGAAGGGAUCAUCAUGAGCAUCUACGUUCUAAUCAUGAUCGACUACAUGGGACUGGACGACUUCGUGCCGACGUUUGGGGCGACGAUGCUUGUUGUGUCUAUCGGUUACCUCGUUAUCGGCCCCAUCCCAGGUUAUGUCCGCGACGCCACAGAGAGCUACACCGCCAGCAUUAGCUGUCUCGCAGCCAUGAUGGUGGCAAACUUCAUCCUCUGGGGUCUCAUGCCUCUGGCCGUUUCUUGGGACAACCGGAAGAGCAAACUCGACCUUCACUUACCUUAAAUCUUUCUAAGGGGCACCACCUUUUGUUAUCGAUCAUUUGUUAGGGAUAUCACCUUUUGUCAUUUAUCGUUUCUUAGGGAUAGCACCUUUUGUUAUCGAUCAUUCGUUAGGGAUAUCACCUUUUGUCAUUUAUCGUUUCUUAGGGAUAGCACCUUUUGUUAUCGAUCAUUCGUUAGGGAUAUCACCUUUUGUCAUUUAUCGUUUCUUAGGGAUAGCACCUUUUGUUAUCGAUCAUUUGUUAUGGAGAUCACCUUUUGUAAUUUGUCAUUUCUUUGGGAUAGCACCUUUUGUUAUUGAUCCUUUGUUAAGGAUAGUAAGUUUUGUUACCAAUUAUUUGUUAGGGAUAACAUCACCAAGCGUUUUAUUUCUGAAGGGUUUGCUGUUAGUUUCGUACUUACAUUUCAAUGCAGACGUUUUUUUUUUUUUUUUUGCAAUGCAGUCAGUGCUUAUGUCAUUGUUUUACUACAUUCAGUACUUUAACAAUUUAUCGCAAUAUAUCGCCAAUAGUCAAUUUCACUGCUCUGUACAAAUAGAACGUUUUUUUCCAUAUGAAUUCUCUAGUAUAUCUUGCAACGGAUUCUUACAAAUAAACUUGCCACGUAUUAGUACUCUGA